AUGAGAGAUCGAGGGGACUCUAUAGGAAGAAUAAAUGCAGUCCAUCCGACUGAAGGAGAGAGGUACUACCUUAGGCUUCUUUUAACAAAAGUCCGUGCUCCGAAGUCCUUCGAAGACUUGAAGACUUAUAAUGGUGUACAGGUCAGAACCUUUCGUGAAGCAACACUUUUAAGAUGGCUGCUUCAAGAUGAUAACAACCAAGAACAUUGUCUUGAAGAGGCUUCUCUCUUUCAUAUGCCUUAUGAAUUGAGAAGACUUUUUGCAACCCUUUUGGUAUAUUCAUGUCCCAACAAUCCCAGACAAUUAUGGUUAAAAUUUGAGGCUGUAAUGUCGGAGGAUUUUCUAAGGUGUUCAGAUUUGACUCUUAGACAUGCAUUUGAGAUCAUAUCUCACUGCAUAUAUGAGAACAAAAGUGGGGCUUUUUUUGUAAAUGGCCCUGGAGGCACUGGAAAAUCAUUUCUCUAUAGAGCAUUGCUAGCUGAUGUAAGGUCUAAAGGGUAUUUAGCACUAGCAACAGGUAUUUCAGGAAUUGCUGCUUCUAUACUACCAGAAGGUAGGACUGCCCAUUCAUGGUUUAAAAUCCCAAUUGAUCUUUCAAAGGACAGAGCAUGUAGAGUUAGCAAACAAAGCAACCUGGCAGCAAUGAUUAGAGAAUCCAAACUGAUUAUCUGGGAUGAGGCUCCUAUGUCAAAAAGAUCUGCAAUUGAAGCAUUAAAUGAUCUAUUGCAAGAUCUUAUGAACUCAUCAAAAAUAUUUGGUGAAAAAGUUGUCAUCUUUGGUGGCGACUUUAAACAAACAUUGCCAUUAACAGAGAAUAUGAGGGCUCGAUUAGACCACUCAUUUAUUGAUUAUUUAUUGAGAGUUGGCAAUGGAACUGAAAAAAUCCAAGAUGAUCGCUACAUAAAGAUUCCUUCUUCAAUUUUGCUUGAAAAUAGUGAGGCUGAUUCUAUAAGUAUGGCAAGACGCUACCUUCCAGUGAAUGAGGUCGUUGAGGGAGUAAAAGGAUGGAUAGUACUGGCUCAGGUUGUUGAGAGAAAACAUGUUCAGUUGAGUCGAGGAGCAAGGCCUGUGAACUACCAUCGCUUUCUCCUUAUAGAUUCUGAGGGAAAAAGGUUUCAGCAGUAA